AUGCAAGACGGGCCUGCUUAUUUUUGGCAGCCCAUUUGUCCUCAAGGGUAUCAAGCGGUUGGCCUAUUUGUUUCUACUUCUCCUACGAAGCCCCCUUUGAGGCAAGAAUCUAUAAGCUGUGUUCGGUCCGAUCUUACGGAUCAGAGUGAAGCCGAUACAUGGGUGUGGGGGGUAAAAGAAGUAACUCUUUCUAGUUUGAGACCGGCCAACAGAGGAACAGAAGCAACAGGUGUGUACACAGGGACAUUCAGCUUUCAGCAACUAAACUUCCCACCUCCGUCGUUAUUCUGCUUGAAAAACACAAAACAUGACAUGUCAAGCAUGCCGAGCCAAGAUCAGAUUAGAGCUUUGUUUGGAGCCUACUCUCCUUGGAUAUAUUUACAUCCCAAGGAGGAGUUUCUUCCUUCCUCUGUCGAUUGGGUUUUCUCCAACGGUGCCUUGCUGUACAAGAAAGGUAACGAAUCUAACCCCGUCCCAGUACAACCCAACGGUUCAAACCUUCCUCAAGGCGGCUCGGAUGAUGGCUUGUUCUGGAUUGAUUAUCCGGCCGAUGAGAACGCAAGGGAAAGGGUUAAAAGGGGAGACUUAGGAAACACCAAGGUGUAUCUACACGUGAAGCCAAUGUUUGGAGGCACUUUCACUGACAUUGUCGUCUGGAUAUUCUACCCUUUUAACGGCAAUGCCCGCCUCAAGAUUUUAUUCAUCAAGAGCCUCUCGCUAGGUGAUGUCGGAGAACAUAUCGGAGACUGGGAGCACGUUACCUUGCGCAUCAGCAACUUCAACGGCGAGUUGUGGCGCGCCUACUUCUCUGAGGACAGUGGCGGAGCCCUAGUGGAGGCGUGCGAUCUAGAGUUUCAAGGCGGAAACAAACCUGUGGCCUACUCCUCUCUUCACGGCCACGCAAUGUUCUCAAGACCAGGACUCGUGUUGCAAGGCCAAGACGGAAACGGUGUAAGAAACGACAUGGCAAGAAGUGACAAGUUCUUUGACGCAGGUGCGGGAUAUGAGUUGAUUGCAGGACAAGGAAUCGUGGAGCCAGCGUGGCUCAACUAUUUCAGGAAAUGGGGUCCACUUGUGCAGCAUGACAUUGAAAAGACCCUUGACGGUAUCGCAAAGACACUGCCUGGACUUUUCCGGAAGAAAUUCCGAAACCUCAUUUACAAAAUUCCUCGUCAAAUCCUUGAAGAAGAAGGUCCCAGUGGACCCAAGGUCAAAAGGUUUUAG